AAGAACCUGAAACUCCAGUUCUGAGUAAGAAUGUCCUUGCAGGAUCCAGCCUCCGCACUUCCUCAUGCAGUAUUACUUUAUGUCUGGGACAGCGAGGUGAGCAGGACUUCUACACAGCUGCUCCACAGGUGCGGUGUCACGAUGCAUAAAAGCCAGAAGAGCACAGGUGGAAGUGCAGUGUUUUACAGACCAGUUGGAGGGGUGACAGAAAUAAGAGCUGGAUACCUGUUCAAGUCUCCACCCCAAAAGAGACUGAAGACAGAGAAAUCUUGGAAGAAGCGAUAUUUCGUGCUGUUCAAACUCAGUGAACAAGAACAUCAACUCAAGUACUUUCGGAAUCCGGAGGAAAAGGACAGACCACUAGGAGGGAUUGACCUGUCACAGAUUUCGCUUCUGUAUGUGAGUCCUCAAAACCACGCCAGAUGGGCUUGGAUCCAGAAGAGCUUGAAGUGCUCAGCGUCCUGUGUGCUCUACAUCCGGGCUGGAGACCGGGACUACUUCCUGGUCGGGGAGAGCAGUGAUGAGGUGGAUGGCUGGUUUUCUGACAUGUUUGAAGCCCUGAAAAACCAACCACAAAAAUGUCUCAGUAGCGAGGAAAUAUCUAAUGGACAGUCAUCCAUUGAGGUUAUUUCACAACCCCAUUUAAGGAGAACACAAACUACCGCUGAGUUUGAAAAGCCUGAACAGAAAGCCCGCUCCAUGUCUGACCCGUCCUCAAACACUUUUGAAACGUCUGACAACAAAACCGAAAAACCAAAGGUUGAGGAUUACGCCAAAAGACGAGCAUCAGAGCCUGUGAAUCCGAUCUAUGACUAUCCCAGAGCCUACUUAAGACACAUCCAAGGCCAGGUAAAUGGUGAGACACACAGACACACAGAAUCAGUAUAUGAAUCUAUGGAUGAGAUUAUGCAGCACAAUGAGCAGGGAACCCAAGAACUGGACCUUGAAGUGGAAGAGGCUACCGCAGGCAGCCUGAUGAGGUCUCUCAAUCAUACCUUUGAAAAGCUGAAGACACAGUAUUCCCCAAUGUCUCCGUUCUCUGAAGAAACAGCGGGUGAAGACAGAGAGAAAACACGUCCGACUUCAGAGUCCGGCAGCAGCUCCAGCGACAAUGGAGCCAUGUCACCUGUGGAAAUGCUAGACAGACCAAAAGAAACAACAGUGGGGAAACGGAGAUCCAUGGACAGCCUUGACUCCUCCAGCCCAGAGGAGAGAGAUAUCGAGGUCAAGCAGGCAGACCUGAAGAAACAUCUGACUCUAACUGAGGUGGACGGAAAACCAAGUGUGUCUGGAUGGACAAGCGCACCGCAGACAGUGUGUCUGUUCCACAAAGGAGACCAAAUUCUGGCCGUAAAUGACCUGCACACGAGCAGCGUGGAGGAGUUUAACAUGUUCAUCAGCAAGUCGCUCAAAAAUGAGGUGAAGGUGACCAUCCUGCGUCUACCUGGAUGCCAGCCCCUGCACUCUUCCAACUGUCUCUGCACUGACUCACUGUAAACCCACUGUCAGAGAUAAGACUUUAAGCCACUUUAUGCCUGGGUGUGUUAAAAACCAGGUUCCUCCUGCCUGUAGAUGGUGUAUUUUGUACCAUGUAUUAAACACUUCAGACAACACACAGUAUUUUCUCUGUCAGUAGCCCACACCUGCUCAUUAGCCACUUUACUGGUUUACUCGAUCGAAACGUCUAGAGGAGCCAAACUUAAGAUGUAGAUGAAGGAUUUUUAAGUUAUUUUAUGAAUCUUAAAUCAGAUAAGUUAAAUGAUUACAUGCAUUUUACUUGGCUUGCUGUGUAAACACUGACUUAGCAGGAUGUAUAAUGUACAUACUCCAUACUACUGUAUAUAAGAUGUUGUCUAAAGUUAUACUAGAGGGAAAUUAAGGUUGUUUCCUGCUGCUGCAUGCUGCCCUACAGUGCCCAAAUUGCACUCUCUUCUCAUUAGUUGUGUGAAAUGUAACAAUGCUGCAAUAUGUACCUACGUAUGUGCAUAUUUACCCUUAAAUGAUCUUACUGUCAAAGCAUUCUUACAGAACAAAAGGACACAAUGUAUCUGAGAGAGAAUGGAAAAUGUCACCUCUAAUGAUGACAAAGGAACGGAUCUUUUUUUGGAACUAAAUCCCUGCUUUGACGUGUAUUUAUGAAGCAGCGUCAGUGUUCCAAGUUCCAUGACUGGUGUAAAUGUCAUCACAGAGCCACGUUGAGUCAGUUCUUGUUUGUUCAGUGUGCAUCACCUGUGAUCAAAUAGGUCACCGCACCUGGAAAUGAUUGUAAAUACUAUCUGAAAAUAUACAUACAGCUCUGGAAAACAAACAAAUAAAUAAAUAAGAGGCCACUGCAAAAUGAUCACUUUCUCUGAUUUUACCAUUUAUAGGUAUGUGUUUGAGUAAAAUUAACCUUUUUGUUUUAUUCUCUA